ACACAUACCCAUUCCGUGGAAACUCACAUGUGGUGGCGUGCUUUUUGUUGGUGAUCGCACGAGGUAACCCAUACGUUUGGUGAGCAGUGUUCCUGGUGCAUCGAACGUACUGUAUCGUUUUGCUGAACCUGACAAAUUGAAACCGCAAGUCAAAGCGCGUGAGUGAAUUUUGCCGUAUCUUCAAAAGGCUUCAGCAGUGCACAGGAUGACUCACAGAACUGCAGCCAAGCUGCUGCUGGCAGUUGUAUCGCUCUUCUGCGUACUUCAGAUGCUGGAAUGCGGUGUGGUAGAUAGACAACCUCGGGCCUACAAACAGUACAACACGGAACCACAGAAGAGACCGUUCUGCAACGCCUUUACCGGUUGCGGUAAGAAGCGAUCGUCUGCCUCGAGUCCACCGACGGCCGCAGCCGCCGCUGCCGCCGCCGCCAUGCUACAGCGACACCUGCAAACCAUGGACCCAGGGCGGAAGGACCGUAUGGGUAGUGAUUUUGACCCGAACGAAGAAUCGAUCAGCAGUCUGCUCGAUCUCAACACGGAACCGGCAGUCGAGGAUCUGCUCCGACAGAUCAUGUCCGAGGCGAAGCUGUGGGAAGCGAUCCAGGAAGCGAACCGGGAGAUUUAUCUGCAAAAGUCGGGCAUGAAGGACCAGCGCAAUGAUUUCCCGCUGACAUUCAGCACGCAGUAAGCUGGACAGGGCUGAUACCUCCAGUGCAACAACUAACUAAAAAGGCAACCAACAACUCUAAACUUCUCGGUGUAUUAACACACAUACACUCAUUUGCACCAGCGCACCACGGAUGAUCCACGUUUAACACACAACACUGUGGCUAGGGAAACGGAUUCACAGACUCCACGGUUGAACACACUGUUACUACUCCUACUAAUGCGUUAGAAUGCCAGGCUCUCGCGCCCGGUUAAUCAAUACACGGCUUCCCAUAAGGACACGGGAAUCACCCUAUUUUUCUCUUAUGAUGUAGAUCGUUACUAGUCUUAAGGAAAGUGAAUCAAAAGGACGGAAACGCAAGAAACACACUCCUAAAACGGUGUGCCCUCAUUCCAUGAGAGCUCAGCGAGGUAAUUUUUACGUUAAAGUUCUACAAUGCAAUAAAAUACGCGAAAGUAAAGCUGAAA